AUGUCGCGAGAAGAAAGUGAAAACAAUGCUUUUUGCGACCUUGCCGAGGAAAACAUUGACCCUCGGAUCCAGCAGCCACCCGCCGUUAGCGGCUCUAUCGACGAGGAUGUCGCUCACGGUCUCCCACAGAAGCAUGAGCUAUACUCUAUCUUAGAAUCUUACUUUGACGGACCCCAUUACUUCUGCUUCUCCGCCUUCAUCCAUCGCCCCUCAUUUAUGAAGAUGUUGGAAAACAACCUCAUUCCGAGAUCCUUCCUUCUCAUUGUGCUCGCAAGCGGCCACCGCUACACCAACCCCAACUCCACUCUUUCGGAACGGUGGGCAGACGAGUGUCGAAAUUUGCUGGUCACAGAAAUCUUCUCUCGUAUUUCUACCGUGAACCUACAGAGUCUCUUGCUUCUUCAGCGUUUUGAGUGGCACCGCGGAGCUCACUUGGGGUUUUGGUUUAUCUCUGGUCUUGCUGUACGCAUGACCAAUGCCCUGCAGUUACACCUGGAGCCGUCGAAUCGUCGCGACGCGAACACUCCCGCGCUUCCAGUUACCGUAAUGGAGACCCGGCGCCGUCUGAUAUGGAGCUGCUUCGUCAUGGACUCAGUCCCGGAUGCGUUUCAUGCAGGCCACAGGCCGAUAUACUCGGCAAUCAAUCCAUCUGGUGUCCAGGCCAGGCUUCCAUGCGAUGAGUAUUCCUACGAGCGCGGAUUGGCUGCUAGUGGUGGCUCUUUGACCGGCAAUCCUGGUAGUGGACCUUCGAGUGCCUCUGCCUACUUGGUUCGAAUGGUAGCCUUGCGAAUGAAGAUUCUCAACUACGCCGUAUCUUCCAUUACUCCACAUUUUGCCAGUCAAUUUUCUUGUCUCCCGUGGGAACAGGGUUCAAAAUUCUAUGAGCUUUGCAAAGAGCUCGACCAGUUCAAGACUUCUCUGCCAUCUGAUUUACUCCAGCCAACUGCUACCUCGGUAAAACCCGCAGGCUCCAUCAUUCUUCAUCUAACAAUUCAUGUUAUGUUUCAUGCAGCUUCUGUCGACCUUUUCCGAAUCGGCACACACUUGGCGCGUCGGCGCAGUUCUACCCCGAAACCACCUGCCCCAUUUGUUCUCAGCUGCAGACAGUCUCGCAUUGAUCAUGCUCUUGAGAUAACCCAAGUGGUCUCUGAUUGGAUGCGCAAUCACACCUUGGAGCACGAUCCUUUCGUUGCCAUCUGUUCUUGUGUAGCAAUUAGGGUCUUGGUGGUUGAGAGAUGGGACGGCAACAAUGAACUUGUGUCUCUCAGCUCGCCGGAUGUCAAGGAUCGAUUAGAGAUGUGCCGCAGCGAGGCAUCUCAUGUAGAGACUGUCUCUCGCUCGGAGUCCCCAGGCCUUGAUACGUACGGGACACUGGGAUCCAUUCAGAAAGCCAGGGCAGACCACGAUAUUGAGUCUGCUUGUACAUCAUCUUUAAUUCCAUUAUCCAAGGCCACAGAACAUAUAUCGUCUGGCAAGAAUACAAAAAAUGUUCCGCCACCAGCCCACACGGUACCCUCGAGCGGAAAUAUACCGAAUGUGUAUCUGCGAGAAAGUGAUGAUUCCCUCAGUCCCGACGCUCUCCGCAUUGUUUCUAAUUGGGCAGAUGGUACAUAUGACCUGGAGGCAUCCCAGGCGCAAUUUGACUCGGGAAAUCUUGAUUUUGGCUGGGGGUUUGGGUUGGAUGACAUUUUUGCGGAGACGGACAACAGCCUGAACCCUCCGCUACCUUAA